UAUUCAAUUUUCCGUAGUUAAAAACUUAAGGUGUAUUAUGCAAAAAGUUAAAAAUAGAGUUCAAUAGUACAAUUUACUCUUUUUUCCUUUCGACUUUAAUUGACCAGCGGCUCGCUCCGGCGAACUCAUCAAUCCCCCUCCCGGAGAACCCGGCGACCUCUCUCUCUCUGAAAACCUCCCUUCUCUCUCCUUCUUCCUCAGCCGCCGCUUUCAGAAGCCACUCCUCCUGUUCUCCUUAGAACGGGAGCACAACUUGGUGUUUGCAUCCACACAUCUUCCUUGACUCUUAAGACAUGCCAUUAUCUUGAUAUCCAAAUUUUAAUCCCAGAACACCCAAAAUAGAGAAUCAAAUGGCAAAUCAAAAGGCUCGGCCUCCUAUUUCCGCUCUUAUAAUCAGAAUUUCCCUUCUUUUAUCGUUAUUGUUAUUAUUGACCGCUGUGCCCACUGCUUUCGCCAAAUCUCGUCGCCCUAUAACUGACCUUGAGACCAGACAGAAAAAGAACCAGUGCUAUGCCGAUAUUGAGAGUGGAUUAUGGGGUUGGCAAUGCAAGUCUUCAGCAACAGCAAAAGAAAAUUGUGCUUUACGCUGCCUUUCUCCGACUUGUUAUGAGAUCAUUUAUGAGAGUGAUCCGCUUGAAGAAGGAGAGAAAGAUCUUGUCAGGGGACAAGAGUUCAAGUACUGUAUGCAUAAAUUAUCGUUGGGAGAGAGCCUUGAAGGUAUAAAAAGUUCUUUCGAGUACUAAACAUUAAUUUGGCUCCAAAUAAGGGCGUUGGGUCUUCCUUUGGUUUCCUGUCUACCGCCUUUCCGAAGAGGGAUAAGCAGAGAAAAAUGAAAGAAAAAGAUCUGGGAUUUUCAUAUUGCUAGUUCUUUGAGGUCCUUUCUAAUCUGUUUUUCUGCGUGGGAUGAUUUAAAUGGCGUUAUAAAUCAGAUUCGGAAGGAAUUACAGCAUGAUGAUCACCAACUCUACUUGAAUUAGUUUUUCACAAGUGAGAAAACAGAAACUUGAUUGAUGGAUUUCAGUUAUUGGACUGUGAACUGGGUUUAACCUUGCAUCCAUGCACAAAUACAAUAACAUCUUAACAUUUUAUCUGGCUAUAUUCUUGAUAAUCCAGUCAGGUAGCUGAGCUUCUUAGCUCCAACAUUUGGAUGGAGUCUCCGUUAUUGUUAUUAUUUUUUUCUUCUCUAUGCAUGUAUCAACACUAAACAGAAGUUAAAAUUCUAAGAAGUAAUUUCCAAAU